GUUCUAGAACACCUAAAGCGAGACCGAUUUAAGACAAAGCCCGGAGCAAAUCAAGUCCGAGUCAAGACCGGAGGGGGACGAGAGGUCCGAGACCGAGUCAAGACCGAGACCAGAAAAAUAGACAUCCUGUUUGAAGACCACAGCCUUCUCUUCGUGGGGCCUCGGCACUCCAGCCAGGUCAAAGGUCGCCCCCGGAGCAAGAUGGCCGCCGGCGGUCCACCCUGCCUCUGUCUGCCGGCCCUGCUGCCCCUCAGCACUCUGUUGCUCUGUAUGCUGCUUACUGGCUUCCAUGCCUUAUCACAGCCAAGAUUCACUAAAGUUCCCGUAGACCAGAUUGGCGUAUCUGGGGGUGUGGUCUCGUUCGUGUGCCAGGCGACAGGAGACCCUAAGCCCCGGGUGAGCUGGAACAAGAAGGGGAAGAAAGUCAACUCCCAGCGCAUUGAGACUAUAGAGUUCGACGAGGGUGCCGGCGCCGUCCUUCGGAUCCAGCCUCUACGAGCGCCGCGGGACGAGAACAUCUAUGAGUGCGUGGCGGAAAAUAGCGAGGGUGAGGUCAACGUUAACGCCAAGCUGUCCAUCAUCAGAGAGGACUUGCUCCCGGGAGGAUUCCCCAACAUAGACAUGGGUCCCCAGCUGAAGGUGGUCGAGCGGACCAGAACGGCCACCAUGCUCUGUGCUGCCAGCGGCAACCCCGACCCAGAAAUCACCUGGUUUAAGGACUUCCUGCCCAUAGACCCCAACGCAAGUAACGGGCGAAUCAAACAGCUGCGCUCAGAAGCCUUUGAGGGUACCCCCAUCCGAGGCGCCCUGCAGAUUGAGAACAGCGAAGAGACGGACCAGGGGAAGUACGAGUGUGUGGCGUCUAACGUGGAAGGCGUGCGUUACUCAUCCCCUGCUAACCUAUAUGUGCGAGAGCUUCGAGAAGUCCGCCGCGUGCCCCCUCGCUUUUCUAUCCCGCCGACCAGUCACGAGAUGAUGCCAGGUGGCAGUGUGAACAUCACCUGCGUGGCGGUAGGGUCGCCCAUGCCGUACGUCAAAUGGAUGCUCAACUCCGAGGACCUAACGCCGGAAGACGAGAUGCCGGUGGGUCGGAAUGUUCUGGAGCUCAACAGCGUGCGAGAGUCUGCCAACUACACAUGCGUGGCCAUGAGCAGUCUGGGCAUCAUCGAAGCAGUGGCGCAGAUCACCGUCAAGUCCCUGCCCAAGCCCCCAGGCACCCCAAUGGUGACCGAGACCACGGCCACCAGUGUCACCAUCACCUGGGACUCGGGCAACCCAGACCCCGUGUCUUAUUACAUCAUCCAGUACCGCGCCAAGUCUCCCGACAGCAAGUUUGAGACCAUGGAUGGCAUCACCACUACGCGAUACAGCAUCGGGGGCCUCUACCCCAACACAGAGUACGAGAUCCGCGUCUCGGCCUUUAACACCAUCGGCCAGGGUCCCCCCAGUGAGCCGGUGGAGACCCGGACUGGGGAACAAGCCCCGGCCAGUCCGCCCCGCAACAUCCAGGCCCGGAUCAUCUCCCAGAACACCAUGAUGGUGCGCUGGGACGAGCCUGAGGAGCCCAACGGACAGAUCAAAGGGUACCGGGUGUACUACACCAUGGACCCGUCCCAGCCCAUGAGCCUAUGGCAGAUCCAUAAUGUCCAGGAUAGCAUCAUCACCACCAUCCAGAGCCUGGUGGCAUCUGAGACCUACACCAUCCGUGUCCUGGCCUUUACCUCGGUGGGCGACGGGCCCUUUUCCGACCCCAUCCACGUCAAAGUGCUGCAAGGAGUCCCCGGACAGCCAACAAAGUUCCAGGUUGGUGCUGUGUCCGACACAAGCAUGGAGUUGACCUGGGAACCUGCCUUCCAGAAAGAGGGGAUCAUCAGCUUUGAACUCCGGUACAAAGAGGGCAGUUUUGGCAGUCAGGUGACCAAAACUUUCGGCCCCACUGCUUCAUACGUCGUUGAGGGUCUGCGGGCAAACACGGAGUACUACUUCUCUUUGGCUGCCAUUUCCAACAAAGGCAUCGGAGCCUUCACCAACGAAAUAUCCCAGAAAACCUUGCAAGCCAAGCCCUCAGCCCCCCCUCAAGACGUUAAGUGCAGCAGCUCCAGCUCCACCUCCCUGCUGGUAAGUUGGCGCCCCCCGCCUGUGGAGAGCCAGAAUGGCGCCCUGGCGGGGUACCUAGUGCGCUACCAGGUGGUGGGAGCCUCCGUUGAGGGUGGCAGUGCCGGGGAGCCCAUGGAGGAGCCAGCCGUGCUGCCCAGUGAUGAGAAGGUGCUGCUGCAGAAGCUGGAGAAGUGGACCCAGUACAGCGUCACCCUGGCCGCCUUCACUGAGAUUGGGCCAGGCCCAGAGAGCGAGCCCCUGCUCUGCCGCACCGACGAGGAUGUUCCCGGAGCUCCUCCUAGGCGGGUCGAGGUGGAGGUGCUCAACUCCACGGCGCUCAAGGUCAUGUGGCGCUCCCUGUUGCCGGGGCGACAGCACGGCCAGAUCCGUGGUUACCAGGUGCACUAUGUGCGUGUGGAGAACGGGGAGUCGCGCGGCCUGCCCCUCAUCAAGGACGUCAUGCUUGCCGAUGCCCAGUGGGAAACGGACGAUACAGCCGAAUAUGAAAUGGUCAUCGGAGGGCUACAGUCGGACACCACCUACUCCAUCACAGUAGCUGCGUACACCACGAAGGGAGACGGGGCACGCAGCAAACCCAAACUGGUGGUAACCAAAGGAGCAGUGCCUGGGCCACCCUCUCUGUCGGUGGCUCAGGAUUCAGAGACGUCGGCCGUGGUGUGCUGGGACGCACCCGAUGUUAUGAUCCCUGGCAUGGGGCUGCAGGGUUACCGGCUUCAGUUUGGCCGUAAGGACGUGUCCCCCCUGGCUACUCUGGAGUUCACCCCCCAGGAGAGGCAGUACACGGUGGCUAGUGUCCACCGCGGUGCCACCUACCUCUUCAAAGUCCAGGCCAAGAGUCGGGGUGGCUUCGGUGAGGAGGCGACAGCCGAACUGCAGGUGCCCGAACACACACCCCAGGGGUACCCCCAAAUCAGAGAAACCUCCAACGUGACCUGCUGCUCGGUGGAGUUGUCAUGGUCGCCCCCGGUGCUGGCAGAGCGCAACGGGGACAUCACAGAGUACACGCUAGCAUACCAGGAGACGGGCUUGGGGGGCGCGCCCCGGGAACUCAGCCUGCCCGCAAGCCAGUCCACCUACGUCCUCAACAGCCUCAAACCCAACUCGGCGUACGACGUGAAAAUACGCGCGCACACGAGUGUAGGUCCAGGGCCCUACAGCCCGCCGAUCCAGUAUCGGACAGUGGCGUUUGAGACAGACGUCCCAAAGAACUUCACGGUGAAGUGGGUAACCAAGACGACGGUGUUGCUAACAUGGAAGUUUGUUGAGAGGCGGUUCCCAUUUCGGUGCACGAUCGAGUACAACCGUCAGAAGAUGGACGUGGACGCCCGGCUGACCAAGGUGCUGGUCACCAGCCUGCGGCCUAACACCACCUAUGAGUUCCGGGUCACGUGUCAGGAGAACACAGAGGGUGGACCUCGCCACCGUGUGGUCGCUAGGACCACACCGCCCAUCCUGGUCAAGAAGCCCAGGCUGGACCUCUACUCGGAGCCAGACAACAUUCUGACCAUGGGUUUCGCCCCGGUAGAGACCAAGGACAUCAAGGACUUUUAUGUGGUGGCGGUACCACUAAAGAAGGGUUUGGGGACUGCACGCCAUCUCAAGAACCCAGACGAAAUGGACCUGGAAGAGCUGCUGAGGGACAUCACCCCGAAACGUCGCACCAGGCGUCAGCUGAGCCAGGCGGAUGGCAAGAAGCCCUACAUCACAGCCUGCUUCAAGCAGCUCCCCACCUCGUUCACCCUGGGCACAGAGCACCGCCACAGCAGCUGUGAGAGCAAACCUCUGGAGCCCGGGCAGGAAUACGUCUUCUUCCUACUGGCUGAGCUCAACACCACCGCCGGGAAAAUGUUUGCGGCCAGCCCAUACACGGACUUAGUGGUGACCCCAGAGCUAGAGGCUGAUCCUCUGCCCAUGGAGACAGGCGGGGACGGCCUCAUCUGGGUGGUGGGGCCCGUCCUGGCCGUAGUCUUCAUCAUCUGCAUCGUCAUCGCCAUCCUCCUCUACAAGAACCGCAAACGAAAGGAGUCAGAGCCCAGAACAAAAUGUCUGCUGAACAACGCAGAGAUCACCCCCCACCACCCCACAGACCCAGUGGAGAUGAGACGCAUUAACUUCCAGACCACAGGUAUGAUGAGUCAUCCCCCCAUCCCCAUCGCGGAGCUGGCUGAACACACGGAUCUUCUCAAAGCCAACGACAACCUGAAGCUCUCCCAGGAGUAUGAGUCCAUCGAUCCAGGCCAGCAGUUUACGUGGGAACACUCCAACCUGGAGGUGAACAAGCCCAAAAACCGCUACGCCAACGUCAUCGCCUACGAACACUCCCGCGUCAUCCUCGCACCCAUCGAAGGUAUUACCGGCAGUGAUUAUAUCAACGCCAACUACAUAGACGGCUACAGGAAGCAGAAUGCCUACAUGGCUACGCAGGGCCCGCUGCCCGAGACGUUCGGGGACUUCUGGAGGAUGGUGUGGGAACAGAGAGCAGCCACUGUGGUCAUGAUGACCAGACUGGAAGAGAAAUCACGGAUCAAGUGUGACCAGUACUGGCCCAGUCGAGGCACAGAGACCUAUGGUAUGACCCAGGUGACUCUACUAGACACCAUAGAGCUGGCCACCUUCUGUGUUCGCACUUUCUCCCUGCACAAGAAUGGCUCCAGUGAAAAGCGGGAGGUCCGUCAGUUCCAGUUCACGGCGUGGCCCGACCACGGGGUCCCCGAGUACCCCACCCCCUUCCUGGCCUUCCUCCGCCGGGUCAAGACCUGUAACCCCCCAGACGCAGGCCCCAUCAUCGCCCACUGCAGUGCGGGCGUGGGGCGGACAGGCUGCUUCAUCGUGAUCGACGCCAUGCUGGAGCGCAUCAAGCACGAGAAAACAGUAGACAUCUACGGCCACGUGACCCUGAUGCGAUCGCAGCGGAACUACAUGGUGCAGACGGAGGACCAGUACAGCUUCAACCACGACGCGCUGCUGGAGGCGGUGGCGUGCGGCAACACGGAGGUGGCAGCCAGGAGCCUGUUCUCCUACAUCCAGAAGCUGGCCCAGGUGGAGACGGGCGAGCACGUCACCGGCAUGGAGCUGGAGUUUAAGCGCCUAGCCAACUCCAAGGCCCAUACAUCCAGGUUUAUCAGUGCCAACCUGCCCUGCAACAAGUUCAAGAACCGUCUGGUGAACAUCAUGCCCUACGAGACCACCCGCGUCUGCCUGCAGCCAAUCAGAGGCCUCGAGGGCUCAGACUACAUCAACGCCAGCUUCAUCGACGGAUACAGGCAACAGAAGGCCUACAUCGCAACGCAGGGCCCGUUGGCAGAGACCACAGAGGACUUCUGGAGGAUGAUGUGGGAGAACAACUCCACUAUUGUAGUCAUGCUCACCAAACUCCGAGAGAUGGGCAGGGAAAAGUGUCAUCAGUACUGGCCCGCUGAGCGUUCGGCCAGAUACCAGUACUUUGUGGUGGACCCCAUGGCUGAGUACAACAUGCCCCAGUACAUCCUCCGAGAGUUCAAAGUCACCGAUGCCAGGGACGGGCAGUCCAGGACAGUGCGGCAGUUCCAGUUCACUGAUUGGCCGGAGCAGGGGGUGCCCAAGUCAGGGGAGGGCUUCAUAGACUUCAUAGGCCAGGUGCACAAAACCAAGGAGCAGUUUGGCCAGGACGGACCCAUCUCUGUCCACUGCAGUUGUGGCAUGACUCAAGGAAGCUUUGAGUUACUGCAAGCUCAGUCAAGAAGGUCCCUGUCAUGGGAAUCCACCAACCCUGGUAAGGUUCUCCAGGAGCAUCUGUAUCCCAGGUUCCAAGGGAAUGCAGACUCACGCUACGGGAAAGAUAAUGAGCAGAUGGCCUCCCAGUGGCUGGAAAACUGUGGAUACUCUGUGGACCACAGAGGCAGUGUUGGCAGUGUUGAGGGGCCAUGGCUAUCAGCAAACCCUGACGGAGUGCUGAACUUCAAGGAGCUGUUGGAGAUCAAGUGUCCUGUCAUGGGGAAGGGCUGUGAUUCUCUGGAUGAUGUCUUCAAUGGGAAAGCCUGUGAUGUGAAGGUGGUGGAAGGCAGAACCCAACUACAACCACAUGGGCCACGUAGCAACUACAUGCAGUCUUUCUUUCUCUACCUGGCCUGA